AUGAAUUUUCUUCGUCACGUUCCCGGUACCAUUCCUAAGUCUUCCACGUUUGGUAACUCACUUUCGCACAAAGUCGAACUGAUGAGUCUUAGUAUCAAAAACGGUUCAGCCGCUAAGAAUGAACCACAGGCCCCAGUUUCCAUUGAAACUGCCAUUGAACACGCUAAACGCGCUUUCGCACUUCGGAAGUACGAACAAGCAAUAGAUCAUUAUGCUACCGCGCUGGAGCUCAUGACACAAAAGUGUGGCGAGGAUGCCCCCGAAUCCGCAGAUUUAUAUUUCUUAUAUGGGAAGGCCUUGCUGGAGAAUGCUAUCGUGCAGAGUUCGGUCUUAGGAAAGGAACAGCCGGAGGAUGAUGCGCAUGAAGAACAGAAAGCUUCGGGUUCUGGUGUGGGGGCGACGGGACCUAUUUUAUCGUUCUCCGGAGAUGCUGAGGAUGAAGCUGUUGACCUCUUCGCCCAAGCCACGCAUCUCGAGGAGGAGGAAGGUGACGACGAAGAAGUGGGAGAAGAUGGAGAGCCGGAAGACGAUUUCAAUGCGGCUUGGGAAGUUCUUGACCUUGCUCGAGCCAUAUAUGACAAACAAAAUCAAGAAGACGACAACGAAGAAGUCAAGUUGAAGUUGGCGGACACAUACAUUGCUCUGGGCGAUGUAUCAUUGGAAACUGAAAAAUUUGACCAAGCUAUUACGGACUACGAGGCGGGCCUCAAGCUCAAAGUCCAGCUUUUGCCAACCUCAUCACGUCAAAUUGCAGAGGCGCACUAUAAGCUGAGCAUGGUCCUAGAUCUUACCUCUGGACGUCUAGCAGAUGCUAUCGUUCACGUCGAGAAGGCUCUCGAAAGUGUUGAAACGAGGCUCGCUGAACUUCGUAAUGGUUCAUCUGGACAGUCACCGGCAACUGUUCCAACAAAUGAUGUCAAAGGUAAAGGGAAAUCUGGAACACGGCUCGUCCGGGAUGAUCUCGUUCAGAACAUGUCAAAGACACAAAUCGAUAACGAGAUCAAGGAGCUUUCCGGUUUGCGCGAUGAUCUCUCGCUGAAGGUCGAGGAGUUGAAAACCUCACCCACGGAAUCGUUGCUGGGAAAUGCGCCUGCUCUGGCUGCACAAGCAUUGGACAAGGAGUUAAAUGGCUCUGCGUCGGCUGUAGCUGUGACCGCACCUGUUGUAAACGACUUGACAUCCAUGGUUGUUAAGAGAAAGAAGAAGGCGCCUGAAGAUGCCAGUGCUGUCCUGAAGCGCAAGGCGGAGACCGAAGUGCCAGAGUCAAGUAUAGAGAAAAAGUCACGCCUUGACACACCAGAAUCGUAG